AUGCCAAAAAUUUUAACUAACUCUAAAACCUCCCAAAAAUCACCGACCAUUAGUGCCCAAAGAAAUGAAGUACUCUAUCGCGAAGACUUAAAAACUGGUUUUGGCUAUGCCCUCACCGGAAUUGCGGUUACUUUAGCCCUCACUGGCACCUUAUGUCGACUGAUGGCCAACUUACCUAAUUUUAGGUAUCAGUUUAGCCCAUUUCACUAUUUACCCGAUUUAAAAGGAGCCUUAACCGGCUUUUAUGAGGAAAGUGUUAAAGCCACCCUAGAAACUAAAACUAGUGAAUUUAAAAAUCUCCUAGAAAAGAAUAUUGCUUAUGGACAACAAACCCAGCAAGCCUUAGUGGCGAUUGCCUUAGGAAUAUUCUUAUUACUCUUAAUUGCUUACUUUUGA